GGACCUCAGCAGACUGCAACCGCUUUACCGAGAGCUUCAUCCACUCUAAAGAAGCCUCUGGCACUAGAGACUACCAGCAAACAAGUCAAGAGAGACAAAACGACUGAGCGAGGGAAUACCUAAGGACUCCUCCGAAGACUUUUCAUUAAACCAGGAACAGGAUUCCUCUUGAACGCGCACACGAAAUUUAUCCAAGAUGCUGAUGCUUACUGUUGUCGUUACCUUCCUCGGAAGCCUCAACCUGGUCCUCUCCUCCUCCUCCUCUUGCCCCUCCGUGUGUGAGUGCCCAAUGGAGAUGCCCAAGUGCGCACCCGGCGUGAGCGUCGUCCUGGACGGCUGCGGCUGUUGCAAAGUUUGCGCCAGGCAGCUGAACGAGGACUGCAGCCUGACCGAGCCUUGCGACCACACGAAAGGGCUGGAGUGUAACUUUGGGGCCAGUUUCCCUGGAGCUGCUACUCGUGGCAUCUGUCGAGCCAAGUCAGAGGGCAGACCCUGCGAGUACAACAGCAGGAUCUACCAGAACGGAGAGAGCUUCCAGCCAAACUGUAAACACCAGUGCACAUGCAUCGACGGGGCGGUGGGAUGCGUGCCGCUGUGCCCGCAGGAGCUCUCCCUGCCCAACCUGGGCUGUGCCAACCCUAGACUGGUCAAGGUGGCGGGCCAGUGCUGCGAGGAGUGGGUGUGCGAUGAUGGCAAGGAGACAGACAUCUUAGAGAAGAUCUUUGGCAAAGACUCCUUGACUGAUGAGCAGGAAAGAGACCUCACCAGCAGGAAUGAGCUCAUUGCAAUCAUGAAGGGAGGACUCAAAUCCCUACCAGCAUUCAGACCACAGCCUGAAGUUCACAUGUUUGACAGCCACAAAUGCAUCGUCCAAACCACACCCUGGUCCCAGUGCUCCAAGAGCUGUGGAACUGGCAUCUCCACCAGAGUCACCAACAACAACAGCGAAUGCAAGCUGGUCAAGGAGACAAGAAUCUGUGAAGUGCGACCAUGCACCCAGUCACCUUACUCCAGUCUGAAGAAAGGAAAGAAGUGCAGCAGAACCAAGAAGUCCAGCCAGCCUGUGAAGUACACCUACGCCGGCUGCUCCAGCCUGAAGAAGUACAGGCCCAGGUACUGCGGAGCCUGCGUGGACGGCCGCUGCUGCAGCCCCCACGACACCAGAACCAUCCGCGUCAAGUUCCGCUGCGAGGACGGCGAGACCUUCAACAAGAACAUCAUGAUGAUCGAGUCCUGCAAGUGCACCUACAACUGUCCCCACGCCAACGAAGCCUCCUACCCCUUCUACCGCCUCUCCAACGACAUCCACAAAUUCAGAGACUGAUUGGUGACGAGCAUCCGAGAGAGAGUGAUCGGCAGCAUCGUUGGCGGCCAAUGGCAGCCAACGAUGGCUGCAGGGGUGUAAAUAGACCACCAAUCAACUACCAGCUUCUUGUUGUAACUAGAUUCCCAAGGAAUUGCGGGCUUACAUCAUGAGGACUUAAUGAAGUGCACUGUUUGCUGUGACUACAUCAGCAUUCUUAAUAGGAACUGCUUCGUAUUAAUGGAGCAUCAGAAGUAGCUUCGUUAUGGAGCAAGAUGUAAUUAAUAUUUGUACAUUCAUGUUAGUUGCUGAUAUCAAUUCACUGUGUAUAUUUUGAUCCUUUUUCAUCAGACAUGACCCAGACUGUAGACUUGCGUGUGUAUAUGUGGAUAUGCACAUGCGCAACUUCAAUUAGCAUACCAUCUCGUAUCUUAAGGACAAGACAACGAAAUGUAACCGCUCGGCUUGUUUGACAAGUGGAUGGUUUCAUUCCUUCCUGACGUGGGCAUUACUGUUCAUGUUUUGUGGCAGCUAUUGAACUCCCUUCAAUGAAAAAAAAAAAAAGACAAAGCGAAACAUGUCAAAGGAUGAAUGAAUGUUUUUAUUAUUGUUAUUAUUAUUAUUUAUCGAAACAAAUGUAGCUACUUUAUUUGGAUAUUAUGUGUCAUACUGGAAUAAAUUGUAAAAUGAUUUAAUUUUAUAUGCUACAAUAAAACUGAUUUAUUUAUGAAAUA